AUGGCUCUGAAAAAGAGGACCUCGAGAUCGAAGGGAGAGCAGCUUUAUAUACUCGAAGUGUUCGUCGAUCGAGUCAAUUUAAAUCACGAUAUAACGAACGUGAGUGAAGAAGAUUUAAUCGUCUGUGUGAGAUUCACCGAUUUACCGGUUUACCAGAUAAACGUUCCUCCAAACAAGGAAGUUGAUGGUCAAGACGACGAACAGACUGAAAAUUCGACCGAUUCGAAAUUUGGGAAAUCUUGUCUGUUCGCUAAAACACCUAGCUGCCUGAUCAGAGCCAUAAGAUGGUCUCCUCUGUGUCUAGAAUUAUACGACAAAACUUCAAGUUGCUCUGAUAAAAAUCCUGGAAUUCUAGGUAGAACGAAGAUCACGUUGCCUGCUUGCAUGUGUAAACACGUGAUCAAGGCGCAAAAUCAAGCAUCCACACCUUGCACAGUGAAAGACACCUUUGAUCUGACUAAUUCUGACGGUAAAAUGACCGGUAACGUGACUGUAAUUCUAAGAUUAUCCUGUUACGGAAGCUCGAUCGUCAAGAAUUUCUCUCUGCAAGGAAAAUCCUUCAUGCUAGAAGAUUCACCGCUCCGGAAGUUCCUCUGUCCUCACAUUCCCUCGGACAGCACAAACAACGAUAGAAAAGACUCGAAGGACGAAGCUACUUCGAGUAAACCAUUACUGAAACGACCAGAUUCUCCUCCGCGAAUCUCAAUGGAAGAUCCAGCUUUCAAGACCCUGACCACAGCCGAAAAACUCAACGACCCGAAGUACAGAGAGCUGGUGUACACGGCUUAUCCGAACGAGAGAACCUGCAGCUGUUUGCCCGCGGAUCGAUCGAAGCAUCCUAUGGAAUGUCGUUCCGGCUGUACUCGUCCUUGCUGCGUGAAACUGAGAAAUCCCAAUAUCCUAUCCCCGCGAGAGGACAAACACGCGGAGGACACGUUGGCCAAUACCUAUUGCGUGAACAAUGUCCUCUCGGCGUUGAACACGCUGAAGGAAGAUUCUCCGUGCGUGAAACCCGCCAGACUGAGAGGUGGCGGGGACAUAGAGCAAAUUUACCUGUCCAGCGUAUCCAACAGUGGAUACAGGUGGACCGAUUACGACACCGGCGCAGACUACACCUGGUACGGGGAUAAAAAUAACCGGGAACGUCGACUGGAGGGCGGCGGCGGCGGGGAGGAAGGAAUGUCCAGCUGCAGUUGUUCCGGUAGUCCAGUUCCGGUUCCGCAUCGGAAGUCCGGGUCUAGAGAAGGAGACGUGAUACCCAUCUUUGAUGCGUGUACGCCGCGAGUGACGUCAACUGGAGCGAAGCCUGGCUGUGCUUGUCCUGGUAAGGACUCCAAGUCUCCGCGAGGCGGUGCUAAAUGCAUGAAAAGUCCUUGUAUGGGGAUCGAUUGUUUGAUACGAGCGUUCAAGGAUGCUCAGGAAUUCGUCGAUUCGAUCGGAAAAGUGCCAGGACUGGAGGGUUUGGGUUUGAUGGACCCAUCGGAGAGUCCUUAUUUUGGCAGAGAUUUGGACAGAGAUUACGUGGACGUGGAAGCUGAAGAGGAGAGCAAAAGGAGGAAACCUGGAAGUCCUCGAGCUCCUACUUGCACCGCCCCUUGCAGCAUGCAAAUAGGGAAACUCGACGAGACUCGUCCUCCGCUCUCUCCAUACGCGCCUGAUCUUCCCCGCGGAGUGACUGUGCCGCCGCGGUUAGGAAUCGUGCGUGAAGCUAUACCCGUUCUACCCGAGGCCGGUUCCGCGCUCGUGUCUACGAAACAUAGGAAGAAGGAGGAGAAGAAGGACGAGAAGACGGAUAAGAAAGAGUUGGACGCUACUUCGUUAGCGGUGACGGAGGCGGAGAUGGGUCCUUGCGGUGAGCCGAAAUGCAAAUCGAGACGAAGAAAGCCGCCUGAUAGCGAGGCCGUGCACCAGACUGCCUCUCAGAUCUCCUCGAAACCGCGAGCCGGUGUGAAAAAAUCUGCUACGACGAAAGGUCGACGUAAAUCGCCGAAAACGUCGAGAGGCGGAAGUUCGAAACGACGUGGGAAUCUCCGUGGUAGCCCUGGUUAUCGGUCUAGUAAUCCAAGGAGUCAACAAAGAAAGACAUUCGACAAUAAAGAAAAAGGAAAAGAUUUUGGUCCUGACGGCGAUCGUAGCCCUGCUUUGCAGCCUGAAGUGCCGGUCAGCAGACGCGUAAUGAAAUACGUGUACUUCGUCGGUGACUUUUAUCCAGGGAUUAAUUAUGGUCAUAGAGAGUGCAUCGAUGUGAAUCUUCGGGUGCCGGCUAAUAUGGGCUGGUUAUGGAACACCGUGAACACGGCGGGAAAUUUGAAACCGCGGAUUGGUUGGAAACCGGGCGCUAUCGGUCGUUAUCUGUACGAAAUGCUGCAAGACGCGAAGGAGAAUUCUUUUGCCGAGGAGGAUGAGAGAGAUUAUGAGCGUGGAAGAGGAAGAGAUGGCGAUCGUGGAAGAGCUGGAAAAGGAACUGGUGCAAGAGGAGGAAGAACAGGAGUUGAUCGCGGUGGAAGAGUUGGUGGAAGAGGAAGAAUGGCGACUGAACGCGCACGAUCGGCGCCUUCGCGGCAAAAGAGCCCAGCUUCGAGACGAACGGGAAGGGCUAUGAGUUACCAGGGUAUGCAGAAGCAAUUGAAGAUGGAAGGAGAAGAGGAAGGAGUAGAAGCUCCGCCAACUUUGCAUAUUCAUAGAAAGGACGGCACUUAUUAUGUGACGAUGUAUCCCAUUAGACAGGAGACGUCUACCGACGCUCGACUCGCCGAGCCAAUGAAACCACUGCAAUUUAAAAUCGUGAAGAACAAAGAUGACGCUUCUGUUGCGUCUAGCUCGACGGCGUCCGAUAUGGAGAUCGAAUUCUCUCCUCCCGCGGCGGUUAGCAGGAUUCGCAAGAAACCUGACGUGAUUCACGUUGAUACGCAAGUUCGACAACAAGAGAUUAUAGACGCGUACAAAGCGGAGGAACUUAAGAAAAAGAGUAGACGUGGUAGGAGGGACAAAAGGUUAAGAAAAGCAUCGAAGACUUCGGUUCGAAAAUAA